AUGGCCUUGGCCCACGUCGACGUUCCAGAACGAAGGAUAGUUGUUGGACAGCAGGAGGGAGAAAACCAUCUGGAUCAAGCCACGACGCAGGGAUCCGCGGAUAUGGCUCAGCCUUGUUUCUUUAGAAGCUACAAGGGGGAGGCCACUGGAGCAGGUUGGAUUGGAGGAGAAGGAGUGGAGAAAAAUGAAGAAGGCCAGGCUUUUAUAUUGGCGCUAGAAUAUGAAACGAAAGGGCAUGGCUCUCGAGAGAGACGUAGCGGUCUGACUGCACGUUCGCACGCGCAAUGA